AUGGCAUUGAGCUAUGAAUAUCUUAAGGGGGUAGAGUCCAAGUUUCUGAGGAAUAUGCACUUUUCCAAGAAGCACAAUAAGAAAGGCCUGAAGAAGCUGCAGGCCAACAACUCCAAGGCUAUGAGUGCACAUGUCGAGGCUAUUAAGGCCCUCCAAAAGCCCAAGGAGGUCAAGCCUAAGAUCUCAAAGGGCAGUAGCCACAAGCUCAAUCGACUUCCGUACAUAGCUCACCCCAAAUUUGGGAAAUGUACUGUGCCUAUAAAGCCAAGGGUCUCAGACUCUGCCAUCCAAAGUCCAAGGCCAAGGCUGCAGCCACAGCUCAGCAAGAACAGAUUUUUCAUUAAGCACCAGCCCCUGCUUCUGGGUCUCAGCAAACAAGAAGCAGAGCUGGGAAUCCCAGCACUUGGGAAGGCCCAUCUGUUCAAAGGAGUGAGAAGGCCAGUGGCUCUUAGGAAAAGGCAUGUAGAUGCAUUCACACGAUAG